AUGAAUCGCCCCCCAUCUCAUGCCCCCAUUCCCUCUUCCCCCAUCCCCCCAUCUCUCCAUCCCCCCAUUUCCCCAUGGCAUGGCACCAUCAGCUUUGACCGCGUGCUGCUGGAUGGGCCCUGCUCUGCCCUCGGCCUCCGCCCGCGCCUCUUUGCUGCCAACGUGUCACUGGGGGAGCUGCGCAAGAAUGCAGUGUACCAGCGCAGGCUCAUAGAUGCUGCAGUGCGCCUCGUCAAACCGGGCGGCACACUCGUGUACUCCACGUGCAGCAUCAAUCCAGGGGAGAACGAGGCCAAUGUGCGCUAUGCCCUCGACACCUACCCACACCUCUCCCUGCUCGCCCCUCCCCCUGAACUGCACCUGGGGCAACCAGGUCUUGUUGGGGGCCUCACCGUCUCAGAUGGCACUGCGUGCAAGGAGUGGUUGAGGGAGGGCGAGCAGCACAAGGUGAUGAGCUUCCACCCCUCACACACCCUCGACACCAUCGGAUUCUUUCUUGCCAAGUUCGUCACCUCCCCAACCGCUUGCUCCUGCUGCCCGCACUGA